GCGCGUGCGCAGGACCCGAUGGGCGCCUGGACGCGGAAGAACUGGCCCCGUGGAGGCUCCAGCUUUUGAAGCGUGGGAGGCGGAAUAGGCUGCAGGUUGUAGAUUUUGGCCUUGGCCCUAACGGGUUACCCCGGACCAUUAGAACCCAAGAGAGGAAGAAAGAGGCACCGCGGCGGCGGCAGAGAGGCUGAACCCCCCCACCUGUCUUCAAGGCGGGAGGAAAGCAGAGAGGGGAGAAGCACCGAUCCUGGGGCUCAGGAGCCUCCGGGACCGGGUCCCGGAGCAUGGGAGGCUGGACGGGGUCCCUGAGCAUGGCGAGCUGGAGCCGCCGAGGCAGCCCGGCCGGGUCCUGCCUGACUGUUAGGUAUUCAGUGCUAGCACUGCCCGGCCAGCCACGGCAUCUGUAGCGGAGUACCGCUUGCGGUCCUCGGCGGGAAAGAUAGCAGCAUGAGUUCCGCCGCUGUCUAGUUUCCUCCCCCUCCUCUUCUCCCUCGGUUCUCCUCCUUCCUCUCUCCUCUUCCCUAUACCUCUUACUUCUUCUUUCCCGCCCCUGUACUCUUCUUUCCCCUACCCUCGACCUCCUCCAUACCCUCAGUCCCCCUUUGCUCCGUCUUCCUCUAUCCCUCUGCCUUCCUCCUCUUAUCCUUUCUGUCCUGCUGCUCUUCCAUCUAUCCUUUUCCCUCCUUUGUCUUCGUUUCCCUCCUCCCUCCAUCCUUGUCUUCCCUCCAUCCCUCUUUUUUAUCCAUCGUCUUUCUUCAUUCUGUCACCCUCCACCACAAUCUCUCCAUCCUCCUCUCUUUACUCACCACUGUCCUCCUUUCCUCAUCAGCAUCCUCCUUCCCUCCUCCUCCUCUCCUACUUUUCUCCGCCCCCAGCCCCCAAGCCUCCGCCCCUUAUCCCCCGCCCCCAGCUGCCUGCCAGUUCCCAGCAGCUCAGUCCUGCAGUGAGAGUCUUGGGAGUCCAUAGCUAAGCACCAGGAGCUGAGCACUGCCCGCUGUGCCUGCCCACAAGUCUCAACAUGGCUCAGGAGAAAAUGGAUCUGGACUUUGAGCCUGAUACAUCUGAUGGGGGAACCCUGAGGAGAUCUAACAGCGCUCCCCUGAUCCAUGGGCUCAGUGACCUUUCACAGGUUUUUCAACCAUACACAUUUAAAACUCGGAGGAAUAGCACAACAAUUAUGAGCCGUCAUAGCUUGUUGCUGUCAUCCUCACCUAAUCGUAUUCCUAGUAGCAGACUGCAACAAAUCAAAAGGGAAGAAGGCCUGGAUAUGAUGAACAGAGAAACUGCCCAUGAAAGGGAAGUGCAAACGGCAAUGCAGAUAAGCCAAUCAUGGGAUGAGAGCUUGAGCCUGAGUGAUAGUGAUUUUGACAAGUCGGAGAAAUUAUAUUCUCCUAAGAGAAUUGACUUCACUCCAGUUUCUCCAGCCCCUUCACCUACCAGAGGAUUUGGAAAGCAAUGCUUUUCACCAUCCUUACAAAUGUUUGUGAGCAGCAGUGGGUUGCCACCAAGUCCAGUUUCUAGUCCAAGACGAUUUUCAAGCAGGAGGAGCCAGAGUCCAGUCAAGUGCAUUAGGCCCAGUGUUCUUGGUCCUCUUAAAAGAAAAGGUGAAAUGGAGACAGAAAGCCAGCCCAAGAGACUCUUCCAAGGCACUACCAAUAUGCUAUCUGCAGAUGCUGCACAGUUGUCUGAUCUCAGUUCAUGUUCAGAUAUUUUGGAUGGCUGUAGUAGCAGCAGUGGCUUAUCCUCAGACUCACUGGCUAAAGGCAGCGCUACCGCAGAGUCUCCAGUAGCAUGCUCCAAUUCAUGCUCUCCGCUCAUCUUGAUGGAUGAUCUCUCACCCAAUUGACUUAACCAUUUCUGAUUCAGCGUUUUAACUGCUGUUUCCUACGUAAAACAUUUAGUGAGGCACGCAAAGAACUUUGAUCCAUAUUGAGGAUUAAAGUUUUGCAGAUUUCAACUAUCCUGAUGCUGUUAUUUUUUUGGCAUCUCUCUUCUCUAAAGUUCAAUUCUAUGGUUGUAGUGACCUUACUAACUUCUAUAUUUGCUGAUCUCAUUUUGGAUUUAGUGACUAUAUCUCAAAUACUUAUUUUUGAUUGCUUAGAGGAUAUUUGUUUUUCUUAGUGCCUCAAAGAGCACCUAUUUUCAAGUCUAUAUGUUUUAAAGAAGGCUCUGAUGUGUAGUCUCUAUAAUGGUUCUUUUCUCCAGCAGUGAUAUGACAGAGUUGAUCAGAAAUUCUCUUGCUUGAGAGAUUUUUUUUUUGUUCUCAGUUGACUACAUAGUUUCACAUCUCUUUAUUUCAUGAUAAUAUACAAAUUGCUUUGGAUUAUAUUAAAUUUUUAUUUUUCUGCAUCAGCUUAAAAUACAUUGUUUUGUUUCCCUUUCCUGUUUGAGCUGCUUAUGCCAUUUCUCACAGAGGGGAGAAAACACGCUGUUGCUUUCAUUACUACCCUUAUUGCUUCUUUGCUGUUGGAGUAUGUGAGGUGAGGAUUGAUUUUUGUGCUGAGAAUGUAAAUGGUCUUACAGGAUGCCCAGAUUAGUCACCACAGGUUCUUAUGACUUUGCUACCACAGUUGAUAUUUUUCUCCCCAAACCUGUUGCCCUAAGGAAUAUAUAAAAUAUUAUUGAUAUUUCUAGGUGGUGUUAUCAAGGAGAAGAAAUUCCUGCCUUGACCAGAUGUGUGGAGCAUCUACAAAUGAAUGAAUAAUGUUAUUAACAUACAAACCACUGUGUGCAAAAGCAUCCAUGGAGCUGUCAGUGUCUCGGGUGGUAUUAUGAGGCCUUGGGUGCCUUGGGGUACACUGUCGUCCUGUAAGGGAUGUAUAUCAUAAGGUAGGGUGAAAGAGGGGGCUUUAUGUAUGUGAUUGCCACAUACUGUUUUGGUUGCUGCUUUUUUCUGAUUCCUUUUUGUCGUUGCAUUUGUUGUGUCGUGUGGUGAUUGGUGUUUUGGUUAUUGCGUUGCCACCAGAAUAGGGGUCCAGUUCUUGUUCAUACUGCCUUAUAGUAAGGGCAGUUUAAUAUCUACAAGGAAGCUUUUAGGAGCUGAAAAAGUCAAUGUUACUGUGCAUUCUGCUUUUAAGAUGCUGUUUGAGCUAUGAACAGUGUACGUGCUAGUAAGUGUGAGGUACCAUAAGUUACUUAAUUUUUCAAAGAGAAAAUUUCUGACUGAGCUUCUUAAGAAAUCUGAAUGUAGUCUCUUGUUGUGUUAUUUAUUAUUUGCAGCUGUGUAAAAUGUCUGUCGUGAUAGAAUUCUUUUAAUGUUCAGACAUUGUGGUUGGGUUGUCUGUGUUUAAUAUGCAAAUUUUCCUGCUUAAGAUCAUAAUAUUCCAUUCUUAAAUGAAUGUAAGAAAUGAAAACUACUGCAUUUGUGUCUUUGAAGGUAAAGAUCCUUGGAUUUUAAAGGAAGAUGAUGUGCUUUGAAGGUACUCACAGACUAGUAAUAGUGUAUGGCUUGAAGGGAAACCCAUUCUUUUUCAAUUACAAGAUAGCAUCACUUAGCUUGAAAUAGUGCUGUUACAGCAUCAGAUGUGUUCUUUAUUUUAAAUUGUAAUCAUAACAGCCAUUAAUGGCUUCAUUUCUUAUAUUGCUCUUUCCUGUGCAAAGCCCAUAAUCCUUCAAACCUAACAUAAAUGUAUCUAUUAUCAAGCUUGUCCCCUAGUAUGCCAUUAUAAAGAAAAAUUUCUUUGAUGGUAUUUGGUGUCUCUCUUCUGUUUGGAAAAGAUCUAUGUCCAAAUGUUUCUGCCUCUACAAUGAUAAUAGAUGGUUUUGUCUUACAGGAGAUUUAUCCACCUUCACUCUACUGUCUUCUUUGCCUUAAAGGGACACUUUUGGCCAUCAUUUUUGAGCUCUGAUUUAGGACUGUUAAGAAAUAACUUUGAAACAUGAUGAUAUUUAAAUUUGUUUUUGAAAUUCGGUGGAGGGGUAGAGCUGGGGCAGGAAAUUGAAAUUGUUCUGAUGGUAUGAGAACUAGGAGGCAAGAUUAUUCACUUUAUUAUUAAAUCAAGAUUUGUCUUUAGUUUUUAUUGUUUAUAUGGACUAGAAAGUUAAGUUUAUACAGGGAUUGUUUUAAAAUAAGUAAAAGAGAUGCUAACCCACAGAUGAGCUUUGUUGACAGUACCCCUUUAUUUUUAUAUAAAGCCUAAUAUUUGAAAAGUGAUCAUUGCUAUAAAACUAAAAUUCUUUCUUCCUGUUCUAAUAUUAUAUCAUAUAUUUCAGGCUUCUAUUUGAAAACAAGUACAAGAGGUGAUACGAUAAGAAAAUCCUGUAGAUAAUGUUUUUGCUUGAUCAACUUAUAUAAUCAUUGUUUCAUGAUAACUGCUUUUGGAAUAAUAAUAAGUUUUGUGAAAUGCUGGCCUUGUGUAUCUCUUAGAAUGCAAAUUUAAUAAAGUGUGUGUACAUGCAUAAAAUUUA